AAGAAGACUACUGGGACUCUACUCUGAAGUGAUGAGACCAAGAUAAAUGUUUUUGGAACGGAUUGCUUCAAAACUGUAUGGUGUUGCAAAGGUGAGGAGUACAAAGAAAAAUGCAUGAUGCCUAUAGUGAAACGUGGUGGCAGUGUCUUUCUGUGGGGCUACAUGAGUGCUGCUGGUGUUGGGAGCUGCAUUUCAUUGAUAGUAUCAUGAAUUCACAGAUGUACUGCUCUAUAUUGAAAAAGAUGUUUUCCAACUUGAUAAUGAUCCAAAACCCACAUCUAUGGCCACUGUUGCAUUUCUUA